AUGAAUAAGAUUGAUUCUUCACGAAGAUCAACGGCUCUAAAAAGCAGAGGAAGAUCAUUCUAUUGGAUAGACAUGGUUUUCUUUGGAGAAGUCGAUAAAGUUUCGGAAAAGUAUAUACCACUGGGUUUUGCUAGGUCAAACGGUCCGGACAACACGAGAGGUAAAGAGAUCAUAACUCUUCUUAACGAGGAAGGAAGAUCAUGGAACUUGAAUAUGACAUACAACAAAGUAGGCAUGCAGGUUUUUGUCCGACCUGGUUGGAGAAGCUUCUGUGCUGAGAAUGGGAUGAAAAAAGAACAUGAGUUAAAACUAGCUAAAGAAUCUUCAUUACAUCAUUCUUAUUAUGUGGGAUCUGUCUCUUCUGAUAGCCUAAGAGCUGAUAAACUGUAUCUUCAGAAGCAGUUUGUGACUGCAAAUGGUCUGGAGAAAGGACUCAGUGAGAUAACUUUAAAGAAUGAGCGGGGAGGAAGCUGGAUUUUAGGUUGGAAACACUAUGAAUCACCCAACCGUACUUAUCUCGGACCAGGCUGGAAAACUUUCUGCCAAGUAAACGGGAUCAAAGCUGGUGAUUCCUUUAUGUUGAAGCUGGUUGAAGCAGGGGACAAGCCUGUUCUCUUGUUAUGCAGUUCCAACGGUGGGACAACACCAUUAGAGUGUUCAGAAGAUGUAAACUCCCUCUCCUCAGAUACUAGCAGCGAAGAUGAACAAUCCCAAGAAAGUGAUAACGUGAGUAUUGAAGACAAGGACAGCUCACAAGAGUGCUGUGUGAUGGAGAGAGAGAAGAGUAGCUUGAGAUGCAUAUGUUCAUCUCCAUAUAGUAAACACCGUUUUGUGAAAUUAACUCUUACACAGAACGCUCAUAAAACCUCUGUACUGUACCUGCCGUUGGCUUUCACACGGAUGAAUUGCAUCAACAAGCCAAGAAAGAUAAUGCUGUUAGGUAAAGAUGGAGUGAAGAAACAGGAGGUGGAUCUUUUGAAGAACAAAUCAACUGGAGCAAUGCGACUUGGAAAAGGAUGGAGAGAGUUCUGUGAGGAUCAUGGCGUAAAAGUACGAGAGUCCUUUCUGUUGGAACUCAUUAGGGAUGAAGAAGCAACUCCAGUGCUUAAGUUCUGCACCAAACUUUGA